AUGCUAGCCGCAAUCAAGGUACUAAUAUUUCUUUAUGGUAUUUGGUUGCUACUUUCUAGUGUAAUACCUUCUUUUGAGAGGAAUCCACUGCUGAAAUUGGACGAUUACCAUGGCGUUCUUGGCUCCGAUCACCAGGCCCUUCAGUAUCAAUUGCUGAACACAUCAAGGUAUAAUUUGAACUCGGAAGCUGUAGUGGCAAAUGGGCUAGUAAAUACUGAUGUCUACUUGGUCAUUGCUCAUCCUGAUGAUGAAGUGAUGUUCUUUACACCUGUUGUGACUGAACUGGCAAAAGAACUAUAUUUCAACAAGUUGCAUAUUUUUUGCUUCUCCAACGGUAAUUCCGAGGGGCUAGGACAAACAAGACACAAUGAGCUAUUAAGAAGUGCUGAAGUCAUUGGUAUUGACAAGGAAAACGUUCAAAUACUUGAUAAGCCUCAGUUUAGGGACAGCAUGGACCAGAUCUGGGAAACUGAAGAUAUCGUUAAAGAACUAGAAAACUCUAUCCAACCAAGAAAGCUGGAUUUUUUCAAUCUGAUAAGAACUGGAAAAGCGGCACAUAAAAUCUCAAUUAUCACGUUCGAUGACUUGGGCGUCUCAAAGCACCCAAAUCAUAAGUCUUUGUAUCAUGGUUGUGUUGAAUUUGUGAAGAAAAGGCAGGAGACUCAGAGUAUUGACCUCUUUGUGCUCAGAACUCAAGGCAUGAUCCCAAAGUACAGCGCUACUCUGUUAUCAAUUUUUGGCAUCCUCAAGAAGCGGUUGGACUUUGCGGCUGAAUGGCUUGAAACAAAAGACCUCAAGGUUAUUUCUGACUUUUGUUCAACCUUGAGGCAGUACAACUCAAUUCCAGAUGAUACUAGACUAUCUAUCUUUGGAGACAUUACGACCCUGAUUACUGCUUUGCAUUCAAUGAAUGUUGCCCAUGACUCCCAAAUGGUAUGGUUUCGCUGGCUAUGGAUGUUUUUUAGCAGCUACUUAUCCUAUAAUGAGUUGACCCGUCUUUAA